AUGACAAGCCGUGAUUCCCCUGGAGGCAGCUAUGUUAAUCCAGCACGACUUCUUGCUACCGAAGAGACUGACAAGCAUCUAUACGCGCUACAAGCUCUUGCAUCAACACACAGAUCAGCGACGAAAGAGCAAAUGCGACCUUGGGAACUGCGAAGCGAGUGUGCGUGUAACGGAUCCUCCUUCAUCGCCGCCAUGAGUCGCGGGUCGGGAGCAGGGUACGACCGUCACAUCAUCCCAUCUUCUCGCCUGAAGGCCGCCUCUAUCAAGUUGAAUAUGCGUUCAAGGCAGUCAAUCACCAAGGGCAUUGGCAUGCUGGCAACAGGCCUCACAGCCGACGCGAGAUCGCUGGUGCUGAGGGCCCGCCACGAGGCGGCAGAGUUCCGGUUCAAGCUGGGGUACGAUGUGCCUGUGGACUACCUGGCUAGAAGAUUGGCAGACAUGGCUCAGGUGUACACACAGCAGGCAUACAUGCGACCUCUGGGCGUGGCCACCAUGCUGAUCGGUAUUGACGACGAGUUUGGUCCCAUGCUGUACAAGUGCGAUCCAGCUGGCUACUACGUCGGUUACAAGGCCACAGGAGCUGGAGCCAAGGAGCAGGAGGCGAUAAACUUCCUGGAGAAGAAGCUCAAGGAUGGGAAGCACCAGAACCUGACAUCAGACGAGGCAGUGCAGCUGGCAAUCUCAGCACUGCAAGGCGUGCUGUCGGAAGACAUGAAGGCGAACGAGAUCGAGGUGGGGUUGGUUGAGGCGAAGGAAGACACCCGCCUUCAGAACGCUCUCUGUGGAUGA